UUCUGGAUUUGAUGUUCCCAUAGGAACCAAACUGAUGGAGUAUAUACAAAGCUGUUGUAGAGAAAAUGAUCUCAUGUAGUUGCAGAUUAGUGUUUACACUGAGGGUAGGUUGAACCAUGUCCUGAUGUUCAGCCUUUAAAAACCAUGCAGGACUCAGCGGAUCUCGAAGCCCAGCUAGCCUCUAAGGAGAGGGAAUGGAAAGAGCUUCAGGCCUUGCGUAUUCAACAGCUGGAGACUGCACUAUCUGAGGCUACCAGCGAACUUUCCACACAGAGAGAGCGCUUUCUGCGUUUGCGAGAUGAUUUCCAGUAUAACCUGCGUGUCCUGGAGGAGCGAGACCAAGAGCUGGAGCGUUAUGAUGCGAUGGCUGUCCGUAUCCAGGCUGAAGACAGUGCUCGGCGAGCGGAGCUCAGCGAGUUGAGGAUCCAGCUAGCCAAACUGCAGGAAGCCCUGGAAGAGGAAAAAAAGCAAAAAGAAGAUUUGCAGACUCAGUAUCAUAAGAGGGGAGUUGAGCACCGUGUACACCUGGAGAGAGUGCACAGUAUGAAGGAGGCUGAGAUUCACACUCUCCGAGAAGAGAAUGAGACGCUGAGACGGGAUCUCCAGCGACGAAUCCAGGCAUCAGAUGGGGAGCUGGCGCUGCAAAAACAGGAAAUGCUGGCAGACUUCGACAGUGAAAUGCGAAAACGGGAACACGAGUUCAACCUGAGAUUGGAUGAGAUGCGUAACAUUGUGCUGUCUCAUGAGCUCAAGGUGCAGCUCCUGAGCAAAGAGCUGGAUGUCCAUGCCAAAGCUCGCAGUGAAGCCGUUGAGGCAUUGCAGCUGUCUGAGCAAGUCUAUCAACAAGCACAAAAAGAGAUCCUGCAAAAAGACUGGGACGUUAAGAACACAUCUGCAGUCAAAGACUCAAAGAUAAAAGAGCUUGUGGAAAAAGUGAACCAAAUGAAGGCUAAACAUAAAAAAGAAGAAGAAGUCAACAACAGGAAGCAUGCAGAGUUGGAGCGCAGGACCCGGGAGAGAGAAACUGCUCUAGAGGCCAUGAAGCAGGCGCAUGCCUCUGACCUACACGAGGAGAAAAAAAAUGCCACACAGCUUCAGAUGCAAAUAGACAGCCUGGUGCUGGAGCAGGAGAGGACAGAGAAAAGACACGCAGAUGAGAUGUCACACAGCGAGCAGCAGAUCCAGGAGCUCCGCGCACAGCUGGAGAAGACGCAGGCCAGCUGGGAUGCUUACAUCACACAGGUCUCUAAAGAAACGGUCGCCAAGGAUACAGAGCUCCUGACUGCAGGGGACAGAGAGGCCAAAAUCAGAGCAGAACUGCAGAAAUGUAAAACAGAUAUAGAGAGGUAUAAACAGCAGUUGGCCAGUGCAGUUCAGAGGGAACAGGAUCUGGAGCAGAAGUGUGUGCAGUUGGAGCUCGACUGGGAGCGUCGCUGUGAGGAAGUACGUGCUGAACACUACCUCAAGAGUGAGGAGCUCAUCCACGGGCUGACCCAGUCCAGAGAAAAGGUAAAUGCUGAAUUGAAGGAGAAGGAGCAACAGCUGCAAGAAACCAUUGCUUUGCUUAGGAGCGUGACCAUUGAGCGAGACCAGGCUCUGCGUGGAUUCAUCUUAAACAAAGCUUCUCAGGUAGCUGGAGUUGAAAACAGAAGUUUUCCUUCAGAGGAGAUCCGAAGGCUCCAGCAGCAGAACAGCAGCCUGAGGGAGGUGGUAACUGAAAUGAGGAGACAAAUGGAGACUCUCAGCACAGAAGUACCCAUAACUCAGAACCCACUGACAACUCAGCCCGUUGAACCCAUACCCUCCUCCACUGCAGCAGGAGCUGCAGAAUACAACCAAGCACUAGAAGAGGAGCUACAAAACCUGAAGGCUAAAUGUAGACAUCUUGAAGAUAAAUUAGAAGAGACCUCUAAGACAAGUAAUUGUAUUCCCACCUCUACAAGUUUGCUUCCUGUUAACCCUGAUAAUGCCUAUCUUCAAAACCACAUCAGAUCCCUCAACGAAACUAUAGGUGGACUGCGAGCUGAAAAAGUAGCCAGCGCCGCUACGUUGAAGAAACAGGAAGUGAGGUUGGCCCACUUGGAGUCUAUAGUGACUCAACUCACACAGCAGUGUCACUCGAGAGAGAUGGAGAAUGAAGCGCUACAGUUAGAACUGGCUAAUCAAAAAAGAGAAGCAGCAGCUGAAAAGGCAAGCUUGAAGCAAAGAUUGACAACUGCAGAGAUGCAGCUUGAGGAGGUGAAGAGGGAGGCAGAAGAGUACCAAAAAGGAAGCGUUCUACAUAAUCUGGAAACAGUUGCCCUGGGCAACCAGGUGUCUGCACUGAAGCUGGACAUUGCAAGCAGGAGAGAACCUGUUAUUCUCAACCAGAGCGAGAUGGUGAAGCAGCUACAAGAAGAGAAUCUCAGCUUGAGGCAGCAGCUGCUUUUACAUGGUAGUGGCAGAGAAAGUGACAAUGGUAAUCCCCAACUUCUCCAAACCAAACUCAAACGGGCAGCUCAUCUGAUAUCUCGUCUCAGCAAGGACAAACAGCAGCUCAUUGAAAUGGGCAACAGACUUAGGGCUCAGCUGAUUGAGUCGGGAUUGGACAAUUUGCAACAUGCUGAAACAAGAUCCAAACCUAGCCCUGGUGAAAAAGAACAGUCUGAAGAUGAGUCUGAUGCGCAGCAACACGGCCGUUUAUCUGCCCUGGAACAACUUCAGUACAAGCUUACCACUCAGGAACUGCAAUAUGCCCAGAGAGACCAGAGUAAAAAAAAUCCUGUUAUAGUUCAUCCUCUGUCUGAAAGAGGGAGUGGGGUCAGUGGCACCAACCCAUGGGAAAUGCCAACAAGAGUUAGUGUUCAGCAUUCAGUCAGUAAAGAGAAUACUCCCCCUGUUAAAUCUCAGUCUAAGGGCCCAGUACAUCAAGCCAGCACACACCAAACCCUGAUGUCCUCUGUGGGUACUGAUGAGUCUCUGCUGGAUGUGUGGAAGAUGCUGGAGCAUGGCUUAAGUCCUACAAUGCUCACACCUAGUAUCAGUGAGAACCAAGAUGCAGUUCCUGUAUCAGCCAGAAGUAAAGAGCACAGAAACAUGCCACAUCCUGGACCACAAGUUAGAGUUCAAGGCUCGAAAGCAGUGUUCCAAGAAAGGCACAAGCAAGCCAGAAUUACAUCUGAACCUGGUAAAAAGGCAAGGCCAGCUGGUAAAGCCGGCAAGAUUAGAAAUUACAACAAUAAGGACUGAAACUAAAAUGUGACAUCACAAAAACAUGUUGAAAUGACUAUUUUACAAACCUGCCUUAACACACAUCAUGUUAAUUUAGACCUUUGUAUAAAGCAGUUAUCACAUACAAUUAUAAAUAAAGUAUCUCCAUCUAUCUAUCUAUCUAUCUCUCUAUCUAUCUAUCUAUCUAUCUAUCUAUGCUUGCUUUAAAUCAUUUAUUUUGAUGCUAAGCUAUGUUAUGAGCAAUGAUUUCUAAUC